CUUGUCCUCUCCUCCGUGGCUUUCAUGUAGGUGUGUGGUGAGUGUUGGCCUGAUAUGAGUGCCAGUGAAGGGAUGAAGAGAACAGCGGACGGUCACGCGUGUCCAGCAUGCGCACAUACAGCUCUGCGCGUCUCAUCUCAUCAUGAUCGGGACUCACCCCAACUAUAGCGUCUGUCCUUGAAUUGUACAGUUCCUGGAUUUGUGGACUACUGGGACUUUCACAUCCAUUUAUUUCUCGUAAUAUAUAUUUUUAACAAGUCUUCCUUCUUUAGCUGUAUAAAAAGUUGAAGAGAACAGCUGAUUUGACUGAUUUCUUAAAGAAAAAUCUCAUUUGUUGAAGGUCUUAAAAAAGGAAGAAAUAGGCUACCACGAAAGACAACCGGUGCAAUUAUUCAGAAAUAACAUCACAAAAACAAGCUAUUUUUUUUCCCCAAGGACCAGCGCUUUGACUUUGAGGAAAUAAACAUGUCCAGCAGAAGCAUCGAGUGGGAGCAUUUCGAGGAGCGCGAGAAGAGUCACCGGUCCCCGCGAGGCAGCGGCGGAUCGCAUUCUGGCUCACGGGGUAAUGGGCUCGUGCCCAGUCCCGCUCAUAGCGCGCACUGUAGCUUCUACCGCACACGCACUCUGCAGUCGCUCACCUCCGAAAAGAAAGCGAAAAAAGUUCGCUUCUAUCGGAAUGGUGAUAAGUACUUCAAGGGCUUGGUGUACGCGGUGUCCGGUGACCGCUUCAGGUCUUUCGACGCGCUGCUGAUGGAGCUCACCCGCUCCCUCUCUGAUAAUGUGAAUUUACCGCAGGGAGUCCGGAGCAUCUAUGCUGUAGAAGGGGGAAAGAAGAUCACCAGCCUGGACGAGUUACUUGAAGGAGAAAGCUAUGUGUGUGCUUCCAACGAACCCUACCGUAAAGUGGACUACACUAAGAACGUUAAUCCCAACUGGUCAGUCAAUGUGAAGACUGGGACGUCCCGCUCAAUGCCAUCUCUUACCACUUCAAAGAACGAGCUCAGAGAACGAGAGAGCAAAGACUACAUCAAACCCAAGCUGGUGACGGUCAUCAGGAGUGGCGUCAAACCGCGCAAGGCUGUCCGGAUACUUUUGAAUAAGAAGACGGCUCACUCCUUUGAGCAGGUGCUCACGGACAUCACUGAUGCCAUUAAACUGGACUCUGGGGCUGUGAAGAGACUCUACACUCUGGAGGGCAAACAAAUUACAUGUUUGCAGGAUUUUUUCGGGGACGAUGACGUAUUCAUCGCGUGCGGCCCUGAGAAAUACCGUUACGCACAGGAUGAUUUUGUGUUGGAUCACAGUGGUAAGGCUUCAACAGCCUUUAUAACCGAAUGUCAGGUGCUCAAGUCCUCUUAUUCUCCUCGUUCUGCUCCUCCUGUGAGAUACUCUGGUAUAAAAAGUCCAGGAUCCACCCGUCGCAGCAAAUCCCCUGGAUCUGUAAGAAGAACUGCAGGACAUUUCUCUACAAAUAGUCAAUCUCCAGUCAAAUCACCAAUAAAUGGAGUACCUAACAGCCAAAUCACUACCCCCAAAUCUGCCAAAUCCUCCAGUUCCUCCCCAACCAGCCCCCGCAGCAUGCACAACUUCAAGUUUAGUUGCAACAAGCGGAUGGGAGUCCCCCUCCGUCUCUCUGUACAGAUUCCAGCACAUCAUUCCUCUGCAACCAAUGUGAACGGGUCCUCUGAGAUGCCCCAGCAACAUAACAACAGUGUGAGCCCUGAAGUUAAUGGAAACAGGAACAUAGCUGCUUCCACUAUUUUGGACAAGUACAAAAUUGGCAAAGUUAUUGGUGAUGGAAACUUUGCUGUGGUUAAGGAGUGUGUCGAACGAUCCACUGGAAAGGAGUUUGCACUGAAGAUCAUUGAUAAAAACAAAUGCAGAGGCAAAGAGCACCUGAUUGAGAACGAGGUGGCGGUGUUGAGGCGCGUUAAGCAUCCUAAUAUCAUCAUGCUGAUUGAGGAGGUGGAUACGCCCACUGAGCUCUAUCUAGUCAUGGAACUUGUGAAGGGUGGAGAUCUGUUUGAUGCAAUCACCUCCUCAACCAAAUACACUGAAAGAGAUGCUAGUGUGAUGGUAUUCGACCUGGCGGCUGCUCUCAAAUAUCUGCAUAGAAUGUGUAUCGUCCAUCGAGACAUCAAACCUGAGAAUCUGCUGGUGUGUGAGUACCCAAAUGGUACAAAGUCUUUGAAGUUGGGUGAUUUUGGCUUGGCCACAGUGGUUGAAGGGCCACUAUACACUGUUUGCGGAACACCCACUUAUGUUGCCCCAGAAAUCAUAGCAGAGUCAGGCUACGGGCUAAAGGUGGACAUAUGGGCAGCUGGAGUGAUUACCUACAUCCUCCUUUGUGGCUUCCCACCUUUCCGCAGUGAGAAUAACCUUCAGGAGGACCUAUUUGAUCAGAUUCUUGUGGGGCGUUUAGAGUUCCCUUCACCUUUCUGGGACAAUAUCACUGAUUCUGCUAAAGAGUUGAUUGGUUACAUGCUGCAGGUGAAUGUGGAGGCCAGAUACACAGCGGAGGAUGUGCUGUCUCACCCUUGGGUCACGGUAAAUGAGGAUGCUGCAAUGGAAAACAAUAUGAAGAUGGAGGUGGCAGGUAAACUCAAAAAGCACUUUAACUCUGUGCAGAAACAGAGCAACACUUCCCCUGGAGUCUCUGUUCUUGUGAACACAGCUCUAGAUAAGGAAAUCAUCCAGCUUUCUCGCCGGCGUCAGGACUACACCCCCCCUCCAGGAAAAAGCCCCUCCUCCAGCCACCAAGAAAGACGGCGCUCCAAUAGGGGACGGUCAUCUGUCCAAUCGGAGGACUCUAGGAGUGCUGCUCUGGUUGAGCCUUUAGCCUCAACAACCCCCAAUACACCAUCAGCACCCCUGCCCUCCCCUCACUCUGCCCCACCUCCCUACUUCCCAGAAUGCAAUUCUGAGGCUGAGGCUAGCAAGGGCUUGCCAAAGGAAGAAUAACUGUACUUAGAGGAAACAAUAUGGAGACAAUUCCAAAUAUACAUACAUAAAUAAUUAAAUAGCAACUCUGCAAAUCUUUAAAGCUUCAUUCUAGCUAAAGACUGGAAUACGCUACACAAGAUUUGCUCAGAUUUUUGCUUCAAUUUACAUUCUGGAUGAGUUGACAAACAUCAGAGCCAGUCUGCAGAUUUAAAAUCACAUAGUGUAUAACAGUCACAAACCAUUCAGUUAAGUCACCAUGAAACAGAAGUUGAGACAGUCUUUUCUUACCUAUUGUGACGUACAUCUGAGUGAAACGGCUUCUCGAACAAGAAAAAAUAUAGGGCAGGACUUGAUUUUGUCCAUCAGGAAUUGAUUGUAUCAUUGUUGUCUGCUAUUGAUCUCAUGUGAGUGACAGGUUGUCCCGUUCUCGUGCCCGAAAAAAACAUCAUCUGAGAAGAGAAGAGAUCGCUGCAAGAGGGACAGGAAGUUAAAGAUUACAAUGACACAUGAAUUUUAAUAAAACGUUAUGAUUUGCAUGGAAAAAUCAUUUAUAAUACUGCAAUAUUCCAUAAAACAUAAGAAUUGUCAAUUUUGAUUUCAUGGUGACUUUAAGGCUGGAAUACACUACACGACUUUUAAAAUCUGAGCAUAUUUUACAACACUAGGCAUCAUACACUAAUCUGAGGAUCAAACACUGCAGACUUUCAGCUCAACACGACAAACUUGUGCAGAAACACUCGCAUCGUUAUUAGGAGACGCAUUACAAAUGUGUCUGAAGCUAAAAAAUCAGCGUAUGUGCCCAUCAUUCACUACACGAUGUUCUGUGAAAUCUGUCAACUCAAAUCUGCAGAUUGGCUCUGAGCCUCUGACUUUCAGCAACUAUAGCAUUGACUCGUCCAGACUGUAAAUCACGGCAAAAAACUGAGCACAAUUUGUGUACUGUAUUCCAGCCUAACAGUACAUUCCGAACUGUCUGUAUAGUGGUCGUCUGCUCGUCUCCCUGCUUUCUUCUUCCAGUUUGGCUUCUCAUUCCAGCACCCAGGGUGGGUUUGAAAACAUUGACUGAUUGUACAGGUGCUUUGGAUAUCAAAGAUCCUCUCUGCUUUUGUAUUUACUGAUGUGAACAGCUCGCGUCUCAUUUAGCAAGCACGUUUUAGGGUGGAUCUAAAUGUGCUACUGGAAGGAAAGACUUUGAAACUGGCAAGAAACUUGUCCUGCUGAAACUUGAAAGUAUGUUUUCUUUGAGUGUAUGUUUGAAAAUAGACUGCUUGACCUUUUGACUCUGCUGGAGAAACACAAGAAAGAGAUUUGCAUUUGUGGGUGUGUGUUUUCUUAAGAGGGUGUGCCUAGCACUGUGUUCUGGAGUCAUUCUGCAGUAGUUUAGAGUUGCCUUCAUAUGAGCCAGCAAAGCAAGAUAUCUGUAGGGAUUGUUAAUAGUUCUGUUCUCUUGCUAAUUUAUUUGUACAGAUUAGACAUAAUGUGAAAUUGUAUUUUAGAAUAGUUUGAUAUUUUCAAGCCAGAGUCAUUAAGUGCACGAUAUUUUGAUUUCUCUGUCGCAGUAGUAUUAGAUUACAAUCUGUCUUGGAUUUAUUUGUCAUCUAUUUCUCCAUCUGUAUACUUGUUAUCUCUUUGCUCAUUAUGGCCCUGAUUUCCCAAAAUUGUCAGCCUGCAAAGAGAGUGAUGAAGCUUGUUAAUAAAUGUAUAUGGCAUAAAGGACUUAAUUUUUGACAUGUAUUGAAGGUUUUGAGAAAAAUGGCAAUAUUCAGUAUCAUUUCUGGAAGGCUAGAUUUCAUGUUUAAUAGAUGUUAUUUUCUAUUAGUGUCCUUUAUCAUCACAUAAUCAAGGAAAUGCAAUAAAAUUAUCUUGCUGUUGUUUA